UAACGUAAUCUCGAGUGGUUGCAUUCGCGAUAAUGACACCACUUCAUUAGUUCAAAUUUGAAACGCAAUAACUAAAAACCACCAAAAAUGAAACGUGCCUUAGCUUCCUGUAAACCGAUGAAGAUGUGGAUCGAUGGUAAAUGUUUCGAGAUACGCCGCUUUCAGAAAAAGAGCAAAAAGUCGGCGCAAGACGACGGUCAACGAACAGAGGAUGAUGUUAAGUAUGACAUUAGCACCACCGAAGACGGGAAAUUGUUCACCAGCUUCCGCCUCCCGGAGGUUUACUAUUCAAAACUGUCCAAAUUCCCUGAUUGGGACCUGAAAAUCCUCGAGACUAGUACAAACACGACGAUAUCAAUCCCCAAUAGGGGCAACCUGGUUAUAACUGGGGACUCCGAAGCGACAAUCACGGAAGCACGCAACGAAAUCCAGUCCAUAGUCGGCGCCAUCAGAGACCACGUAUCCGCCCUACAAUUUGUAUCAAUACCGACACGAAGCGACGAAAUCGUCGCCAAUUUUACUAAAUUCAAGGAGGAAAUUCUAAGCGGCGACAAAAUCGACGGCAUGGAGGAAUCAAUAUUUCAGAGCCCCUUCAAACUACACUUAACCGUCGUGGUUUUCGCCUUAUUAGACGACCACGAGAAAUCCGAAGCCAUAAAAGCGCUACAAGAUUACAAAAACAUGAUCCUCGACCCCCUUAUAGCAAAAAGCGGACCUGUGAAAAUUAGGGUUUCUGGCAUUGAUUGCAUGAACAAUAAUUACAAAAAAGUGGAUGUUUUAUAUGCUAACGCGAAACUUGUGGAUGAAAGUGAAGAUUUGUCAUUACAAAAGUUGGUUAAUGAGUUGUCUGACCAUUUUUACGAUAGAGGCCUUGUGCGUACCUACCAAGACAAUGUGAAGCUGCACAUGACCCUAAUUAAUACGAAAUAUCGCAAGGAAGUCGGCACCCCUCGAAAGAAACGCUGGAGCAGAAAGCAGAGUUUCAACGCGACAACCAUAAUGGAAAAAUACAAGGACUUUACUUUCGGCGAGUGCAACCUAGACUGCAUCCACUUGUCGCUCAUGGGCUCUGUAGGAGAUGACGGCUUUUACGAACCCAUGUCCAUUAUCAACGUAAACUAAUCACAAUUUUGCAAUAUUUUACCCAUUACCAUAUUUUAAACUAGCAAUUAGAAAUGUCACUACGUUAACCAAUCAGACGCACCUCGUCACCCGAUUGGUCACCCGUUGUCUGUCAAAAUUACAUAACCUAAGCGCUUCAAAUGGAAUUUGAAGUCGAAAGUUGUGAUCUCAGUACAAAAGAUUAUAAAUUCAGUAGUGUACCUGUUUUAAGUAAAGAACUUUCCUACGA